AUGUCGCACCUGCAGUACAAAUCAUACCCGGGAUUCGGGGAGUGGAACUUUGAGAACUUCCACUACUCAUCUGCUGUUCGUAUCGCUCCUGGAGAGCAGAUCCAGAUCUCAGGCCAAGGCGGUUGGACCAGGGACGACGGCAAGGUCAAAGAAAACUUGGCCGAGGAGUUUGCUCAGGCCUUCGAGAACGUUAACUACACGAUCAAAUACGCCGGCGGUAAAGGCAUGUCUGCUGUCUACAAGUUGGCUGUCUAUUACGCCCCGGUCACGGAGGAAGCUUUGAAUGAGACGGUCGUCAACUUGAGAAAGUGGUUCCCGGAUCAUCGACCGUUGUUGACGGCGAUUGGCGUCGAGAAGUUGGCAGCGCCGGGAAUGCGUUUUGAGAUUGAGGCGUGGGCUCAUGUAGAGUGA